AUGUGGCAAAUCUCUGAUGAGGUACUAGCCAAUGCGGAAUCGAAACAUAAUCUAUGCACCAAAUCACUGUUACACAAUUUAAUAAAAUCGCCUCGUAUUGGAAGUGCAAGCUCAAGCUCCUUGGAUCAGCAAAGCAAUAGUUCAAGCUUAGAAUCCAUUGAAUCAUUUGCUUUGGAUUGUAACCAAGCUUUAUCUACGUCAUGUUCUGAAGACUCUUUUGAAAUGUCCAGUACAACUGCGAAACCAACUGUUGAAGAUCCUUCACAACUAUCGCUUCAGGGUUUGAACUUGACAUCCAGUUUUCUGGGUGCAGAAAAUUCAGUACAGCUAUCGAAUAUAUCUUCCAGUUAUCAAAAGCGUAAAUCUUCUGAAUGUAAUAACUCAGACCAAAUGUCGAGGGAUAGUUUAGAACCAUGUAGCUCGCGGGAGAAAUCCAAUUCACUGAAAAAUAUGGAUUUUUCGACAAUAAAGAGCCCACUGAUCUUAGGUUCGGAUGAAUUAAAUGAUAUCCGAGAGAUUUCUCGGGAUGAGGCAACUGUAAAUGAUAUUGAGAAUCGGGAUGGAGUGAGAACUGAAUCAUGGUCUACGCAGCACGGUAUCCCAGGUACAUCCAAAAAUUCCACUCCAAGGGAUAAAGCUUCUUUACGGGAAUACAUCGAUAAGGAGUUGGACAAUUUAGAUACAUGUUUACCACAGCUUGAUUUUAACAAACUGGAAGAAAAACUCAAUUGCGCAGCAAAGGAACGAAUAGUAACGGAAAGGAAAUUACUUGGUGAACAGGUGCGUCGCCGUUUAGCACUUCAAGUGGAUCAGUAUACAGCGGGACCAGUUCCACGAGUUUACACGAAGCCAUCGAAGUCAAAUCUCGGAUUUCGCUUGCAGACAGCCAUGAAUUUGCAGGUCUGCUAUAUUAAUGAUCUGAAAGAUGAGGACGACGACGAGGAGGAAAGUUCGGAUGAUGAUUUUUCCGUACCGAAAUCGAAGUCCGCACCGAAUCUACGAAGUUCUUUGAUCGAUGGCUCCAAUUUGAAUGCUUCUCAGUUACAUCAGGCUGUGUCAGCUAUACAAGAAAAACGGCAAAUUUUGGAGAAAGAGACGAAAAUGAUGCUUGCGAAAGCAAAACAAGCUGCAAGAAUGCAAAUGGAAAUUGAAAAGCUUAACACAAAUCGAUUUACCACAGCUAUUCCUCCGAAAGCUUCCAGAUUGCAAUUGUCAAAAAUGACACGUCAGCAGCUCAUCGAAAUAAGUGAAAAAAUUAGCAAGCGUAUUAGUGAAGAAAAUGCGGAAUUAAUGAGGCUGCUAGUUGAAAAAGAUUCGCUGUAUAUGCAACAGGAUUCGAUGCUUGUCGAUAUCGAAGAUAUGAUACAGCAUGAGAGCAAUUCGGAAUCGCUGAAUUUGCCCGAUUUUUUGAAGGUACAAGCAAUCCCACUAUAA